AUGAUCAAAGACAUCCAAGAUGACGAUAUAAUGGAGGUUGAUUCGAAGGCAAAGGAGCAAGUCCAGGAGACUGAAAUCGUAUCAAUUGAUGAUGACGAUGCAGUAUUGGUCGAAGAAAUCGACGAUGAUGAUGAGGAGGACGUUGAUGAUGAAGUCGAGAAGGAACAGGAAGCUGUUGCACAAGGGAAGCAGCCUGCCGUCAACUCAUUCCCCAAUGCCAAAGACUUUGACAAACUCGCCAAAAAGCUCAUGAAACCAAUACAGGAUUAUCCUGUGGUGGAACAGACCCACCACAUAUGGGAAAUCAAAGAUUGGAACGGGAUGAAGGAAAACAAAAUCAGGGGCCCAUCGUUUGAAUGCGGUGGUUACACUUGGAACAUCCUCUUGUUCCCUAAUGGUAACAACAAUAAUCAAUUAGCCAUUUACAUUGAGCCGCAUCCAGUGUUGAAGGGCGGAGAAGAGGACAUAGAGCAAAAUGAUAAAGAUUGGUAUGUUUGUGCCCAGUUUGGGUUGGACAUCUGGAAUCCAAAUUAUCCUGAAGCUCACAUGUCUUCAGGCUCCUUUCAUAGAUUUAAUAAAAACGAAAGCGAUUGGGGGUUUUCGAAUUUUAUCGACUUGAAAAAUUUAUAUUCGAAUAACUUCUUACAAAGACACCAGACAUUAUCAUCCUCGGGAGCUUCGCCAUCAUCUAAUAGCAAACCGCACGCAAUUUUGGAAAGCAACCAAUUGAAUAUAACUGCUUAUGUUAAAAUUAUAGAUGACAGCAGUACCGGAGUGCUCUGGCACUCAUUUAACCAGGAUUAUGAUUCAAAAGCAGCCACUAGCUACGUGGGUUUGAACAAUCAAGGUGCUACAUGUUAUUUGAAUUCAUUACUACAGUCAUAUUACACAACUAAGAUUUUCCGUAAACUUGUUUAUCAAAUCCCGACUGAUUCACACGUGAAUGGGAAAUCGGUACCCCUUUCAUUGCAAAGGAUUUUCUAUCAAUUGACAAAUUCCAGUGAACCAGUAGGAACUUUAGAGUUGACUAGAUCUUUUGGUUGGGAUUCGUCUGAUGCCUUUACACAGCAUGAUGUUCAAGAAUUGAAUAGAAUUUUGAUGGAUAAAUUGGAAAGUGCCAUGAAAGGUACAAAAAUUGAGAAUUCCUUGAAUCCUAUAUUCGUGGGUAAGAUGAAAUCUUAUAUUAAAUGUGUGGAUGUCCCAUAUGAAUCAUCGAGGGUAGAAGAUUUUUGGGAUAUCCAAUUAAAUGUCAAGGGUUUCCAAAAUUUGGAACUGGCCUUCCAGAAUUAUAUUGAAGUCGAAAUGCUUGAAGGUGAGAACAAAUAUCAAGCUGGUGAAGAAUAUGGAUAUCAAGAUGCUAAAAAGGGUGUCGUUUUUGAAUCUUUCCCUCCCGUUUUGCAUUUACAGUUGAAGAGAUUUGAGUAUGACUUUAUGAUUGACGAUUUAGUCAAAAUAGACGAUUACUUCAAGUUCCCUGAUGCCAUCGAUUUGAGUCCAUACUUAGAUGAAGAAUUGCCAAAGGAGGUCAAAAAGGAAAAUUGGGUCUAUAAAUUACAUGGUGUGUUAGUACAUCAGGGAAGUAUAUCUAAUGGUCAUUACUACGCCUUGAUAAAACCAAGUGCCUCGAAUAAACCUGGUUCCACAGGAUGGUUGAGGUUCGAUGAUGAUAAGGUAUGGAAGGUCACUCCGACCCAAGUUUUUUAUGAAAAUUUUGGUGCACAUGAACUUCAAACUGAACAGAUCAUGAAAAUGACUAAAAGUGAGCAAAAUGAAUAUAUGAUCAGAAGACCUACUUCAGCAUAUAUGUUGGUUUACUACAGAGAAUCAAUGUUAGAUGAAGUCUUACCUGAAGAUAGUAAUAAUAUGGAGCUGAUGAUUCCAAAACAUAUCGCUGCUAAUUUGAAGGCAGAACAAGAAGAGAGACUGAAAAUUGAAAAGGCAAAACAAGAAGCAUUGUAUUAUAUCAAUGUCAAAGUGGUAACCAACAAAAACUUCAUUAAGUAUAAUUCAUUUGACUUAUAUCCUGAUGUUAGAAAUGAGAGAUUCUAUGAGCCUUCAUUAUUUGAUAAGGAUUCCAACCCGUUGGUUAUCAAGUUCAAGAAAGAAGAUCCAUUUAGAAAUUUGUAUUAUGAAAUUGGAAAGACCUUAGGAUUAAUUAAUGAAGAUAACAUAAGUAAAACUGAUAUCGCCUCAUUGCCCUACCGCCUAAUAUCGAUGAAUCAUAGAAAUAAUCAUACCAAUAGGUCAGAUACGCCAAUCCCAGAAGAUUUGUUGGACAAACCUACAAUUCAAGUAUAUCAUGAAUGCUUCAAUAGGAAAUAUGAUGAAAUGUGCUUUUUUAUUGAAGAAAAAGGUAAGGAAUUAAUCACAAUUACUAAUGAUUUAGAAAAUGGACUUGGAUCGCCGGUUGAUUUUAAGUUUGCAGAUGUAUUUGAUAAAAUUGAGGCUGAUAAGAAAGAUACGGCCGUCGCUCAAUUCCAACCAAUAUUUGAUAACUCAAGUUACAUAAUGCUUUUUAUCAAAUAUUUUGAUCGUGUUACAGGAGAAUUAAGAGGAUUGACCCAUGUCACUGUAUUAAAGGAUGAGAAUAUCAGCUCUUUACUAAAGCCUAUCAAUAAACUUUUGGGUUUCAAGGAUACUACUCAAUUAUUAAUAUUUGAAGAGGUCUCUCCAAGCAAACUUGAAGCAUUGCAAGUCGAUACUAGUUUUGAGAAGAGUGAACUUUCGAAUGGUGAUAUUCUUUGUGUUCAAGCAAAUGAAGUCAUUCCAAACGAAGUCAGCAGUGUUAGUAAGUACUAUAAAUUCUUAUUUACAAGAUUCCAUGUGAUCCUGUCACCUUUCCACCCUAAUGAGCUGGAAGAAGACUCCGAUUUUGUUGAUGAGCAACCUUCUGAUGUUACAAAGAAAGACGAUAAGACUUUUGAUUUUUGGAUUUCCAUUCAAUCUUCGUACUUGGAGUUUGCCACUGAAAUCGCUAAAAGAAUCGAUGCCAACCCAGCGUACUUGAGAAUUUUCGCUGUAAACAAUCAGAAUGUCAAAUUUCCAUUGAAGAGAUUGACUUCAAUUCAACAAAUAUUUGGGAAGACAGUUAAUGCAAGCCAAAUUACUAAAUUUGAAUAUGAAUUAUUAAAUAUACCAUUGGAAGAGUAUGAGAACAUGAAAUUAAUUAAGUUUAAUUGGCUCACUAGUUUGGUCCAUUUCCAAACAUUUGAACUUUUAGUUCCAAGAAAGGGUCUUGUGGGUGAAGAUUUAAUGCAAAAAAUUUUGCACAAAAUUCAAGUUUCAGAAGAAAGUUUACCAAAUAUUUUGAUUUGGUCGGGAGUAAAUCAUAAAUAUGUAGAUAUUAUCAAGUUCGAUCGAGAAAUUAGUACCAUUCCAGAUAAUUUCGAGCUAUACGGAGCUGUUUUACCGGCCGAAGUAGAGACAUUGGUUAAUUAUGAUAUGGUUAAGAGGUUUGAGGGUAAAAUUGAACAUAACUCAAAUGAAUGUGCCACCAACGAAAACUCACAUGUUGUUCCUCCGGAUGCAGCCAAAGAAGUGGAGGAGAUUGAAGCGUAUGAGUUGGAACAAGUUAAGAACUUCAAUAGGAAGCUUAAUAUGAUACCAGGAUUCCAUUUCUACAAGAAUUCUUCAUAUCACCAUGGUAUUCCUUUUAUAUUCCCAGUAUUUCCAGGAGAAAAGUUUGUUGAAACUAGAGCUAGAUUGAGAGCCAAGAUGGGACUUGGAAGAAAAGAGUUCGAUAAAAUCAAAUUCGCCUUAGCAGACUUGAACGACAAGGGUCGUUACAUAGAUCACGAAAAUGAUGAGUUUGUUUUAUACGAUGAAAUCAAGAAACACCAAGAGCAAUUGUCCUUGGCGUUAGACCACCCUGAUCGUUCGGCUCGUCGUCAAACACAAUUUGACAGAGGCAUUUCAAUUAAAUAA